UUGGAUUUUAUGGAAAAGGAGAGUAUUUGUUGACAUUUUGGAGUCAUUAUAGAAAUCAUAUUUGUUUUUUUGGUUCUUGGAAUGAAUGUGGACUUUGAUUCCUGUUUGGUAUUUGAUUUAGUUACUAGGUACCAAUCUUGAUCAGCAAUUAAUGCUACUCAGGAAGGAAAAGAUUCAUGCUUUCUAUUAAUUUUGACGUGUGACGUUCUGUGUUUAUUGAUUAUUAUUCCCAUGUUUAAAACCUAUUUCUGAAUGGCAAUGCUGUUAGAAUGAGAAAUUGGUAUUUGAUUGACCCACUGCAUCAGCAAGUGGCAGAUGAUAUGAUUCAUUCUUUGACUUUUUGUGGCAUCUUUGUUUGCCGUAAAAUGGAAUGUUUAAUUGGAGGAAUAACAAUGAGUUCUUGAUGUUGCUUAAAUGCAGGAAGAAAGAAUGGUGCUUUGGGUUUUUGGUUAUGGAUCAAUUGUCUGGAACCCUGGUUUUGAUUUUGAUGAGAAGAUUAUAGGUUAUAUCAAGGAUUACAGACGAGUAUUUGACCUUGCAUGCAUAGAUCACAGGGGUACUCCGGAAAACCCAGCUAGAACCUGUACAUUAGAGGCCAAGGAAGGAGCAGUCUGUUGGGGUGCUGCUUAUUGUGUAAGAGGUAUAGAAAGGGAAAAAGCAGCAAUGCAGUAUUUGGAGAGAAGGGAAUGUGAGUAUGACCUGAAAUCAUAUGUAGACUUUUACAAGGAAGGGUAUGAUCUCAAGCCAACUUUGACAGGAGUUGUUGUUUUCACUUCCACUAACAACAAGGAAUCUAACAAAUACUACAUAGGUCCAGCUCCAUUGGAGGAAAUGGCAAGGCAAAUUGCCACAGCAAAUGGGCCUUGUGGAAACAACAGAGACUAUCUCUUCUUGUUGGAGAAGGCAAUGUUUGACAUUGGUCAUGAGGAUGAUCAUGUGAUUGAGCUUGCAAAUGAGGUUAGGAAAGUGCUUGGGAGGCUGAAAGAGAAGAAGAUUACGGUGGUGCCGCCGCACAUCCCACUCAUUCCUCUUGUGCAGCCUCUUAUGCAGCUUGUGCCUCUACCGGAAACCACUAUUGUGGAUUCUCGGUGAAAUAAAAACAGAUUGACAAGAAGAAAGAAUAAGAAGAAGAAGAAAAUUUAACAGAGUAUAAUGCAUUGGGUCCAAUUUUGCGUUGUUUUUUCUCUCGUUAUAUCAUACUUGUUAUAUCAUACUUGUUUGUUGUUGUUACCCUUUUUGCAUUUCUAAUUUUGAGUUUGAUUUAAAAAUAUUGUAACUUUUACGACCCAAUUGACACUCAACAGGCAAUACAGUGAAGAUUACUUGGCUCUAA